CUAAAUCCGAGCUCACAAUUUGGAGAAAAAACAGAGGAAAUAAAGUGUCUUUACAAUCAUCAUCCAAAAGAAAAAAAAAAUCCAAACUUUUUUGGUUUCUUGGUUUUUCAUAUCUUGAUUGGCUUUUUCUCCAUUUUUUUCAUUUUCUUUACUGUACAUAGUCUUUGCUAUCAUCAAAGAAAAAUGUUUUCUUGAUCUCAAAUUGCUUGUUAAACAUCAAUUUUUUUGGAAAGUCAAACAUAAUGGGUAAUUGCUUUGGAUCUUUGUUCCAUGAUGCUAAUAAUAACAGUAGUAAUCUUAGUUAUACUACUAACAGCACCAAUAAUCCUACUACUCCAGGGUCAUCAACAAAUAAUACUUUUACUACAACCACCAUGGAUUUCUCAGCUACGAGUGGCAGCGCCGGAAAGUCUCAGUUUUCUGCUGCUGUGAGUGAAGCUAAUGAUGAUGCCAGUCCGAAUGGUCAAAUAUUGGAAGCUCCGAAUAUGAAGGAGUUCACUUUUGCUGAUUUGAAGAGCUGUACCAGGAAUUUUAGGCCGGAUACUUUGUUGGGUGAAGGUGGUUUUGGUAAAGUUUAUAAAGGGUGGAUUGAUGAAAAAACUUUUGCACCUUCUAAAUCUGGUGUUGGCAUGAUUGUUGCUAUCAAGAAACUGAAUUCUGAGAGUAUGCAAGGGUUUCAAGAGUGGCAGUCGGAGGUGAACUUUCUAGGAAGGCUAUCGCAUCCGAAUCUGGUUAAACUGUUAGGAUACUGUUGGGAGGAUAAAGAGCUCUUGCUUGUGUACGAGUUCAUGCAAAAGGGAAGCUUGGAGAAUCAUCUUUUCAGAAGAAAUCCUUCCAUUGAACCCUUAUCUUGGGACUUGCGGCUCAAAAUUGUCAUUGGAGCAGCUCGAGGACUUGCUUUUCUUCAUACUUCUGAUAAGAAAGUCAUAUACAGAGAUUUCAAGGCCUCAAACAUAUUACUUGAUGGGAGUUAUAAUGCUAAAAUAUCAGAUUUUGGCUUGGCCAAGUUGGGUCCUUCAGGUGGAGACUCUCAUGUAACAACCAGGGUUAUGGGAACUUAUGGUUAUGCUGCUCCAGAGUACAUUGCAACAGGUCAUUUAUAUAUCAAGAGUGAUGUCUACGGCUUUGGCGUGGUGCUGCUCGAGAUGAUGACAGGCUUAAGGGCACUCGACACGAAGCGUCCAAAUGGGCAGCAAAAUUUGAUUGAAUGGUUGAAGCCAAUUCUUCCACACAAGAGAAAGCUAAACAACAUUAUGGAUUUGAGGAUAGAGGGACAAUACUCUAAAAAAGCAAUGCAAUUAGCAGCACAGCUUACAUUAAAAUGUCUCGAAUCCGAUCCUAAAAGCCGACCCUCCAUGAAAGAAGUUCUGGAGGCACUGGAACAAAUAGCUGCAAUCAAGGAAAAACCAAAGCCGAGCAAAAGCAAUUCUGGUUCAUCACGUUCUUCUACGAGUUCUCAUCGUAGUAAACAAUCGAACAAUCGCCGCUCCCCAUUCCAUUUGAAGGCACAAGGCACCUAAAGAUGAGGUUGUUGGUUCCAACUGAUUUUAUGUUUAUGCCACUAUUUUUUAUUUCUUUCAACUUGUAAUUCAAUGAUUUGUUUUAGUCUAUAGCAAAUUUUGUUGUAGUUAUCAUUUGUUGUCUUCAAUUAUAAUACAUUAGUGUUGUGACUCAUAAACUGUAGUGAAGUUUCUAAUUGAUUGUGGAUACUGGAUAGAGAGAAAAAAAUGUUAUGUAGUCCUUUUUUUUU